ACAUCUGCCUGGAGCUUCCUCAGCAGACCAUCUACUCUGACACACAGACCGUUUUCGUGAAGAUCUUGUGAACAUCAUGUCACUUUCAACCCAACCUGCUUGGCGCUGGGGAGCCCGUGCUUUCAUUGACAAGUCAAACUCACUUGAGUCCAACCCACCGCCGCAUGAAACUUUCACAACUGUUUUGCCAAGGGGACCCAAUGAUGAAGCAAUAAGAGCCGCACGUCUCUCAGUAUUGAGCAUCGACAUGCGUGUGACCGAGAACAAAAACAUCCACCACACGGACACAUACAAGGGCUCAAACCUCAUUGUACGCAGAAAUACAGAGUUCACCAUUAUCCUCAAACUGGACCGGGCCUUCAAUGAACAGCAGCACCAAGUGGAGUUGGAGUUCCUGAUUGGGAGUUCACCCGACGAAAACAAGGGCACCUACAUCAUAGUGUCCAUCGGAAAAGAGAAACUAGACAGUAGCUGGAAGAGUCGCGUGGUGGCAAUACAUGGCAAUAAUGUUAUGGUGGGCAUAACACCAGAUGCCAAAUGCAUCAUUGGCCGCUUCCGCACUUUUGCGGUAGUUGUGAGCGCUUUGGGGAAAGAGCGCACUCAGAGGAACCCUGACACAGAUUUCUAUGUGCUGUUCAAUCCUUGGAACUCUGAGGAUGAAGUGUACAUGGAUAAAGAGGAUGACAGACAGGAGUAUGUGAUGAAUGAAGUGGGGACCAUCUACAAUGGAGUACACAACAACAUCACCACUCGUUCAUGGAACUUUGGCCAGUUUGAAGAGGGGGUUCUGGAUGCCUGUCUUACAGUAAUGGAUGCUGGGAAAGUGCCGCUGUUGUUCCGUGGAAAUGCCACUGAAGUAGUUCGGCAAGCAUCAGCUCUGAUAAAUUCCCAAGGGGAUGAUGGCGUCCUGGUUGGUAGCUGGAGUGGUGAUUACUCCAGUGGCACAGCACCCACCGCCUGGACUGGAAGUCCUGAAAUUCUGCUCAAAUAUGCCAGUGAAGGCUGUGUGCCUGUGUGCUUUGCUCAGUGCUGGGUGUUUGCAGGCACGCUCAAUACUUUUGUGCGCUGCCUUGGGAUCCCUGGACGGGUCGUCACCAACUACUGCUCUGCUCAUGACAACACAGGCAACCUGAAGACAGACAUUGUGCUCGAUGAGGACGGGAGAAUGGACAAAACCCGAACAAGAGAUUCAGUCUGGAACUACCAUUGCUGGAAUGAGGUGUUCAUGAAGAGGCUUGAUCUGCCUGAUCAAUACUCCGGCUGGCAGGUGGUCGACUGCACUCCUCAGGAGACCAGUGAUGGUCUUUUCAGAUGUGGCCCAACUUCCGUCAAUGCAAUCAAAGAGGGAGAGCUCAGCUAUCCAUUUGAUGCAAGGUUCGUCUUUGCAGAGCUGAACAGUGAUGUGAUUUACCAUAAGUCUAAUAAGUAUGGAAAAACAAAGAUUAUCCAUGUGGACACUUCGUAUGUGGGAAAGCAGCUUGUGACCAAAAAGCAUGACAGUAACGACUAUAUAGACAUCACUUCCAGCUAUAAAUACUCAGAAGCAAGCCUCAAGGAACGUCAGGUCAUGCAGAUGGCAGAGCGUCGUGGCGUUCCUAGCAGGGAAUAUCUGACAAUCCCUGAAGCAGGAGUGGAAAUCGAGAUCCAGACUAACACCAUCAAAAUAGGUGACGACUUCAGACUAACGAUGAACAUUAAGAACAAGACCAGCAAAGCCUGCACCGUCAUUGCCACUGUUACCGGCUGUGUGGUGUUCUACACGGGCAUUACCAGCUCAGAUUUUAAGCUUGAGAGCAAAAAGGCAUCUGUGCAAGCCUCAAAAACUGAAGCUGUAACAAUAGAUAUCAAAGCUGUGGAUUAUGCACCUCACCUGGUGGAACAGGCCAACCUUCUGUUUGUUGUGUAUGGUAUCGUUGAGGAAACUGAAACAUCCCUUACUACUAUGAGAGUUAUUAAUCUCCAACUUCCUGAACUCACAAUAAAGAUGUCUGGAACUCCCCGGGUUGGCAAUGAUCUCUUGGUCAGUGUGGAAUUCACCAAUCCCUAUAAUUUCCCCCUGCUAAAGGUUGAGCUUCGCCUUGAUGGACCUGGUCUGAUACAGACCAAAGUGAAACAAUACAGCCAGAUUUUACCUGGAGCGUCAGUGAACUACACAGUGUCGAUGGUCCCUCGAGCUCAUGGGAAGAAGGUGCUGAUGGCCUGUCUGGACUGCUCUGCGUUGAGACAGGUCACCAAUCAGCUGGAGAUUGAAGUACUGAAAAAAGAGUUGGUGACACAGGGAAUGGUUAGAUUCAGGUCAUGAAAACUGAAAGUACAACUGCAGAGUUCACCGUACGAUUACCUUGCUUCGCUUGCAUGCAUUAUUGCAAAAUCAAAUGUUUAAAUCUACAAAUUCCUACUGAGCACCCUAAAGAAAUAAUCAAUAAUUUACUGAAGUGAAAUUGACUCUUAUGGCGCUUAAAGCCAAUUUGACUGACUUACUUCUGUGAUCUGGGUUGCCAGGUUUGAGGAAACAAAUAAAUCUAUCACAAUAACAACUCAAAAGCUGCCCCAGCUGGAGUUUGUAGUACUGAAAAAAGAGUUAGUGACAGAGGAAACAAUUAAAUUCAGUUCAUCAAAAAUUGAGUUUGCAGUACAAUUACUUUGCAUCACUCGUAUAUGCAUUAAUUAAUAAUAAUAAUAAUA